UUUUCUCAACCUCGACCUGGCUGCAGUUCCAUGUUUCGUCUAGCCAAGUCACGUUUUCUGGCUUCAGUCACGGUAAGCUUGACUCAAAUUUCUCGCUAGCCGCAUGCACUCCCACUCCCACUGCCUCGCAGCAGCUGCACUUUCAACGAAUUUGAUCUUAUCGACCAUUUGGGUGGUUGUUUUGAACUGUCUCACCACUUCGGCCGGUUUGGUUCUUGUUGUCUUAUUUGUUGCAUUCCAGCGUCUUACCUUGCUACUUCGCCCUCGACUUCAACAAUUUUGUUGUCCUUGUUCCAUCUCUACCCGAAGAUCUCACAAUCAUGGCUGUGCUUCCAAGUCCCCAUGACCUCCAGCAGCGUUUGCACGACUAUCGUGCAUUUGAUGAGGCUCGACAAUCCGAGUUCGACUUCCUCGUUCAAUCCUGUUUAAGAUUAAACACCGAGAGAUCUACACUGCAAAGUGACUUGGACGACGAAAGAAACACGCGCCGCUCCUGGAAGAAACGUGCCGAAGAUGCGGAAGCCCUCCUUCAACGCAAGUUUGUCGUGGUUCUCGUUGACGGAGAUGGCUACCCAUUCCGCAAAGCCUUUUACGAUGCCCUUGCGACUUCUGGAGGUUCCAAAGCCGCCAAUGAGCUAUACAACGAAGUAAUGAACAACCUUAAGACCGCCGAAGCUUUUCCAAGUAUCAAUGCUGAUUGCGACGUACUUGUCAACAUCUAUGCCAACAAGAAUGGCCUGGCAAGAGUGCUAACUGCCUGCGACUAUAUCAAUCACCCUUCUCAAAUUGAUCAAUUCUUCUGUUCUUUCACUCAAAGUCGAAGCCUGUUCCAAUUUAUCGACUGUGGUCAUGGUAAAGAAAGAGUGGACGCAAAAUUAAGAGAUACCUUCCGAUUCUAUGCCUAUAACGCACAGUGCCAGCGCAUAUUUCUGGCCUGCUCUCAUGACAACGGUUAUAUUGCAGAGCUCGACAAAUACCGUCAUGAUAUGAUAGUGGUGCCAAAGGUCAUGCUAGUCCACGCAGCCCAGACACCGUCAGCUGCCAAAGCCUACGCACACCUACCGUUCAAACACACCAGAUUCGAUAAGGUCUUCGAAACCACAGCGCUAGAUAUUACCACCAAGAUGGAUGCGGCUUUCUCAGCAACUCAUUUGAGUGAACCGUAUGUGGAUACAGCAAAAACGCAGCAGGCUGUGAACGAAGCAACACCAAUUCCAACCAGGUCGACUCACUCUUCCGAUAACAGUGCACCAGGCUUGCAACCGUUGACACCGGUGAACUUGAAUACGAAAAGCACCUCACAGGUCGCCUCCCCGCCCCCACCAGCCGAGGUAGCCAGAACUAAACCGCCUACUCCAGCUAAUUCAGCUAACGGCACGGCUGAUACUAAGAAAUCGAUUCCUAUCAAUCGCUUUGGUCAGAGAAUCGACCUAAAACUUCGCAUGCCAUCAACUGCGGAGAUGGACAAGUUCGAAAACCGGAUUUCCAGACGCAAAUUGUGCAAUGAGCAUCAUCUCCGAGAUAACUGUGAGGCGUACGGUUGCCGGUUCGAUCAUGACCCAAUUGAUGCCAGCAUGAGAAACACUCUUCGAUACAAAGCCAGAAGCAUUCCAUGUGGUCAAGGUUCCAAAAGCCGCCGGCUAGACUGUUUUUAUGGGCAUCAGUGUCCUUGGGGCAACGACAACUGCUUUAACCAGAAAUGCGGCUUCAUCAAGAACGGACUCCAUGACAUCAAGGAUUUAGAGAUUGCUCGAUUCGUUCCAGCAGCGACAACGACUUAUUGAUGGAUCUAUGUUCAAAAGACCAACUGUAUGGCGGAGGACGAGGAGCUGCUGAGAUACGAGACGCUCUUUUCUCCACGAUUGAGGGCGGCGAGGACUGUAGUGAGCAAGCGAUGUAGAAAUGGAAGAUAUUAAACCUUCAAUUAUAUGAUCAGUCAUGACCAAACACAUGUGACUCGUU